GGGGGGAAAGCAAGCAGGAGGACAGGUGAGACAGCAGGACAGGACCGGAGCAGGGCCCCAAGCCCCCGGGCCUGGCGGGGGACGCGCUUCUCCCCACACCCGGAGCCUCAGCAGCUCCAGCCAGCGGACCCAAAGGCAGAGAGGAGAAGAUGGGGAGCCCCGAGGACGACCUGAUCGGGAUUCCAUUCCCAGACCACAGCAGUGAGCUCCUGAGCUGCCUCAAUGAGCAGCGCCAGCUGGGCCACCUAUGUGACCUCACCAUCCGGACACAGGGCCUUGAAUACCGCACCCACCGGGCUGUGCUGGCUGCCUGCAGCCACUACUUCAAGAAGCUCUUCACGGAGGGCGGUGGCGGGGCGGUCCUGAGCGCUGGGGGCGGCGGGGUGGCUGCCGGGGGAGCAGGGGCCGGCGUGUGUGAGCUGGACUUUGUGGGGCCGGAGGCACUGGGUGCCCUGCUCGAGUUUGCCUAUACAGCCACACUGACCACCAGCAGCGCCAACAUGCCGGCAGUGCUCCAGGCUGCGCGGCUGCUGGAGAUCCCGUGUGUCAUCGCUGCCUGCAUGGAGAUUCUGCAGGGGAGCGGACUAGAAGCUCCCAGCCCUGACGAGGACGACUGUGAGCGAGCUCGCCAGUACCUGGAGGCCUUCGCCACAGCCACAGCUUCAGCCUCGGGAGUUCCCAACGGUGAAGACAGCCCUCCACAGGUGCCCCUCCCACCGCCGCUGCCGCCGCCCCCUCGGCCUGUCGCCCGCCGCAGCCGCAAGCCACGAAAAGCUUUCCUGCAGACCAAGGGGGCCCGGGCAAACCACCUAGUGCCUGAAGUGCCCACAGUGCCCACCCAUCCCUUGACCUACGAGGAGGAGGAGGAGGCGGCAGGCAGAGUGGGCAGCAGCGGGGGCAGUAGGCUGGGGGACAGCUACAGCCCUCCCACAGGGACUGCCUCACCCCGUGAGGGGCCCCUGAGCUAUGAGGCCUAUGAGGGUGAGGAAGAAGAGGAGGAGCUGGCAUAUCCCCCGGCCUAUGGGCUGGCGCAGGGUGGCGGGCCCCCGCUGUCCCCAGAGGAGCUGGGCUCAGAUGAGGAUGCCAUCGAUCCUGACCUGAUGGCCUACCUGAGUUCCCUACACCAGGACACCCUGGCACCAGGCCUAGAUGGCCAGGACAAGCUAGUGCGCAAACGCCGCUCCCAGAUGCCCCAGGAGUGCCCGGUCUGCCACAAGAUUAUCCACGGGGCUGGCAAACUGCCACGCCACAUGAGGACCCAUACUGGUGAGAAGCCCUUCGCCUGUGAAGUCUGCGGUGUCCGUUUCACCCGGAAUGACAAGCUGAAGAUCCACAUGAGGAAGCACACAGGAGAGCGCCCCUACUCAUGCUCGCACUGCCCAGCCCGCUUCCUGCACAGCUAUGACCUCAAGAACCACAUGCACCUGCACACAGGGGACCGGCCCUAUGAGUGCCACCUGUGCCACAAGGCUUUCGCCAAGGAGGACCACUUGCAGCGCCACCUCAAAGGCCAGAACUGCCUGGAGGUGCGCACCCGGCGGCGCCGCAAGGACGAUGCGCCCCCUCACUACCCCCCGCCCUCUGCCGCCACCCCGACCCCUGCUGGCCUCGACCUCUCCAAUGGCCACUUGGACAACUUCCGACUCUCUCUGGCUCGAUUCUGGGAGGAGCCAGCCCCUACUGGGCCCCCAGUCUCCACCCCGGGGCCCCCUGAUGACGAUGAGGAGGAGGGGGCACCCACCACACCUCAGGCUGAAGGUGCCAUGGAGUCCUCUUAAAGAGGGACGAGUGGCCGAGCUGGAGCAGCACGGGGCCGGGACGCCCAUGCUGAGCAGCGGGAGUGUGCAGCAGAGACGGCGCUGGGGUCCGGGCACUGAGCCUCCCUGGCAUCGGAAAUUGGGCCCUUCCCUCAGAGCUCUCAUUCCAGUUCCAAGCUGAGAAGGUUUUGGGGCAGAGGCUCCCCAGAUUGGGGUGCUCUCCCAAGGAGUGAUACAUACGAUAUUAUGUAUAUAUUUACAGCUCCAUUGUAAAGGUGGGGUCCCUGUCCCCAGCUGCUCCUGGGGAGUAGAAGCAAUAAUGUAUUUCUGAUUUGUGGGGUCCCUCUUCGGCUAUGCGGGUUUCUAGGGGGUGGGGGGCUUGGGACCAAAGCCUUGCCCUGCCCCCAUGCCCCUUGGGGUUUUGGCUGUGUAAGGGGGUGAAGGACUGCCCCUCCCUUUCGAGACCCCUCCUUCCUGGUUUCUGUUCCCUUUUCCUGGCAGUGAAUUAUGCAAAGGGGGGCGGCAAAGGAAGGGUAAGUGGGGGAAAGCAAGGUAGAAGCUUGAAAGACUGGGGGACUGGGCCUGUAAGGAAGGAGCCAUCCUAGUCCCCCUCCGCCCUGCUCCCAGCGCUGAGUCAUGGGGUCCUGGAGAAGGGGGCGGGGUGGCCUGAUUGGUUCGCCCGCCCCUGGGGGCAGCGGGAGGGGCCCCGCCCAACUACGGGAGCUGCUGCUGGUUCUCCUCCCCUCCCCUCCCCUCCCGAGUCGCUGGGCAGGGAAUGUCUUGUUCCCGCCGCUCCCUCCCCGGGGCCAGAGGGCAGGGCGGGCCGGGCGGUGGCCUACCCUCUUCUCCUCCUCCCCGCCCAGGUGCAAGCCGGAGCCGCCGACACUGCUGCCGCCCCUGACUCACGCCGCCCCCGGGCUGGCGCGGUGCAGGGUGUGGGACAGGGUGAGGGGUUGGGGGCAGCCUUGCGGAGAACGGGCGAGCCGGCGCCAUCUGGCGGCCGUGCCCUGCGCGGGCGAGCGCCCCUGGCGGCCACUUCCAGCGAGCCGUCUUCUCUCAACCUCCACCACCCCAGCUGGUGAGCGGCGCCCGCUUGCCAAGGCCGGGGCAAAUAGCUUCUUGCUUGGCCGCAAGGAAGGUGGGCUGCGGACCUGUGGGAAAGGGAUCCUUUCCCCAGACCCUUGCCAGCCGGGCUUCCUUUUGGGUCGGGGAGAGUAAUCCCCUCACUCUACCCUUAGGAUUGAAUCCACCCCCGGUCUGUACAUAGCCUUUUCUGUUGGUCUUGUUGAAAUCUAGUUUCAGAUUUUUAACUACCCAAUUCUGCUGGGGGUGGGGGUAUCUCCUCCCCACCUUCCUCGCUGGGUGCUGGACCCCAUUCUGCCUGGGCUCUGCCUUGCACUAUUUCCCCUCCCUGGCCUGGCGGCUCUUCCCCUUCCUUAAACGGGGCAGGUUCAGGGGCCCGGUGCUCUCCCUCCCCCCCCAUGCACCCCCAUGCCCAUUUGCACAGCUGCCCAGGUACCCCCAAUAGUGGGGGGGGGUCACAGGGAGGGGGUAGCGGGACCAGUCCUUGUAUCUAUUUAAAAAGUGAUGAUGUAAUAUAUUGGGGUAGGGGGAGGUCGGGUUGCCCUGGGCCUCAUCUUAGCAUUUCAGGUGAUGGGAGAGCCCAGGGCUGAGGAGACCUGGGGCCUAGCCCCAGGGAGUGAGGACAAUGUGGCCUCCCCCCUCCCCCCUUGCGGCUUCUCCACUCAGUGCCUUACGGGGUGGGGGGGAGGCAAUCCCCCCCUCUCCUGUUCCCCUCCCCUUGCCCUGCCCCCCACCUCGGGUGUAAGUGACAGGAAGAAAUAAUAAUUUAAGAUUCACA